AUGGAUAAAAAUUACAUUAGUUCUCCAAACGAUUUCCAGCACAUGGAAGGUGCCGAAUCGGUAGAAUUCAAACGAACCUUUGCUCUCGAUGGCACCGGUGAGGAUGAAACUUUGCGGUUGUAUUUGCGAAAAGCCGGAUUAUCGGAUGAAAUUGAAUAUUUAACACCGGAACAGCGACGCGCAUUCAUUUAUGAUAUUAUAAAAAGCAACAAAAUGCCAGGAUAUUGGAUGCCUUCAACACUGGCAUCGGCGUCAUCAUAUACUCUACCGCCAUCAUCGUUACCCACAGAACGUGCCAAGCCACCGCCAACACCUGUGCGCACAACCACAGCCUCUCCUGGUAUGCGACGGCAUAACAACGCUGGCCUAUCGACAACACUCAACUAUGCCACCAUCAGCUCUAACUCAUCAAGCAGUAGUCUGCAAAGCUUAGAACAAAGUAGUCCCAUAGUACCACGUCGUUUUCAGCCGACGCCACCCCAGCCACCUUCGCCUUCGACAUUUGUGACGGGCAUUAAAGGCUCCCGUUACGAGAUUAGCGGUCCGAUGAACUUUCAACACAUCGCCGGAGAUAUGACGCGUGACCGAACGCGUAAUGCAUUUGACCUAACCAUGACCAUGAAUGAUAAUGUGCUGCGGAAGUAUAUGUUGGAGCGCGGCAUCAAGGAGGAAGAUUUGGCCGGCAUGCGCAAGCAGGAUGUCAUUAAAAAUAUUGUGCAAUCAAAGUUUACGUGGAUGCCACUACAGCACAAUGGUAAUGGCACUGUCAGCCAUUCACAACCCAACAUUAUGUAUGCCACUAUUUCCUCGCGCACGGAUCGUACACCACCCGAAACACCGAGAGUUUCACGCCACAUGAAAUCUAGACAUGCGCCACCCCUACCACCGCCAGUACCAUUGCGGCAACAAGAUUUGACUCCUACGCCAACUUCUCCUUCCCCACCAACUUUCUGCGCUACGCCAACAACUCCAACGAAUCCUGUGUCGAAUUUCUCCUUUUUAGCUUCACGUUUCGCCAGUCCUACUGAAUUUCCAACGAUCGAAGAUAUUUACAGUAAUCAGACUGUAACGGAAGUUCCAACAGUACAAGCGCCAAUGCAGCCAAGACAAACUUAUAGACAACCGCCACCACCACCACCUACAACUAUCAAACCGAAAUCAAGCGUCGAUGCAGCGCCGCCACCACCUUCUCUAGUUCAGGCCAACAACAAUAAAUCGGCAGUAAUUUAUCAUUCCAAUCAGAGUUUGGAAAGCAUCGACGAGUGGGAAGUUUCUGAUAAUAGCGCUGAUAGAAAUUUGUAUGACAGAACCACUGUGGCUCACAAUAGGCCGCCACCACCUCCUAAGCUAACGAUACCACCAAUCACGAAGAACAAUGAUUAUGCUUCAAUGAAACCGCUAAAUAGUCAAAAUGGCGGUACAGAUUCCUCUCCAUUAUAUGCCACUAUUGGCAAUAGAAAGAAAGCAUCGCCACCAACGCCACCUAAACCGGCGCCGAAGCCACAAUUCGUUGCAAAAGUUUCAGCAGCGGCAGCGGCAGCGCCACCACCACCACCACCACCUCCGCCACCGCCUGCAACUAUUGGCGCACAAGUACCACAGCCGCCGCCUCCACCACCUCCGGCUGGUGGCGCACCUUUACCUCCUCCACCACCACACAUGCCAAAUACAACAGCUAAAAGUAGUAAUGGCUCUCCCACUUCACUAACCGUAAACAAUGAUAACGGCGAUACGCGUGGCGCUUUGCUUGAUAGCAUACGGAAGGGCGUUGCUUUAAAGAAAGUCAAUGAGAAAGCUGCAACGAUCAGCGGUGUUAAGCCACGCGCUGAACGCAAACCACCAGUUAACGACUUCCUCUCCGAAUUAAAAAUGGGUAUUACUCUGCGACGUGUAAAGGAUAAAAAUCAGAAUCCGUAUGCUGGUGAAGAUCCAGACGAAUCGCAAGCCUAA